AUUGGAGCAAUAGCGCUUGACGGCAGGCUAAAACGUGCUCGUCGAAGCUCAAGUCGCGAAAUUGACCGAAGCCAACAUCCUGCAUAGGCGUUGUUUUGGAUCGUUAUCGAUUGCCGUCAACACAAAUACCUACAUAGGUGUAAUCAGGCUACUGUCUGCCCUGAUAUGGCGUGUCUUGGCGAACGCGACAUUUAGAUGUUUGAGGUUGGCCCCGGCUCGAAUUGGUGCCCCGGGGUUGCUCUAAUGACCUUAUGUGUGGUAUAAGAUGCUAUAGGAAUGGUAUUGGGCUGGGGACACGACCGGCCCGUAGGGCAGUGCGCGAGUGGGACCCGCUUGGCGGCGGCGGCCGGCGUGGAUGGGCCGGCGCAACGCCUCGGCAUCCCGGUGACUAGCCGCGGUGGCGGGGGCGGUGCCGCAGCGGCGGUGGUGUGCAUCCAGUUCGAUGCCACCUUCCCGUGCGAGCUGGAGUCUAAGCUGUCGGAGCUGCUGGACGAGGGCGACGGCGUGGUGGCUCCCGCCGCCGGUGAUAUCCCCAGCCUUCGCUGGGAGGCUGAGGCGCAGUACUCGGAGGCGGCCCGGGGGGCCCAGGUGCGCCGGGUACGCCACCCGCCGCCUGCCCCGGCUGCCGCCCGGGCGGCGGCCGCGGCGGCUUCGGACGCGGCGGCCACGGCGGCCGCGACUGCGGCUGCGGCUGCGGCUGCGUCCGUGAUGGCGACCGCGGCGGCGGAGGCCGCGGCUGCGGCGGUCGCCGCGGCGGUUGCAGCGGGCGCGGACGCCGCCGCUGUGGAGGUGCUGAAGGCGGCGGCGGCUGCUGCCGCAGAGGCUGUGGGCGUGGGCGUGGGCGUGGGCGGCGAUGGCGGCCGUGGCGCCGAGGCGGACCGUGGGCUCGGCGGCAGCGGCAGCGGCACCGGCAGCGGCAGCGGCCGUGGCACCCGCCCGUGGCAGCAGAAGGUCCACGGCCGCGUGGUGUCCGCGGCUGAAGAGGCGGACGCGGUAGUGGUCCGGUCGCUGGUGCAGGACGCGAUGGAGGACAAGCCUGACGACGAUGAGAUGAUGCCGGACCUGACGCCGACGGCGCUGGACGCUGCGGCAGCUGCGGCCCGGCGUGCGGCCCCCAAGCGGAGCCGGGAGCAAGCGCAGGCGGCGGCCGCGGCGGGCGAGGCGGCGCUGGCGCUGGCCAUCCGGGAGAGCAAGGCGGCCAAACAGGCCCUGGCGGCGGCGGCGGCGGUGCAAGCCGCCGCAACAGCCGCGGCGGCGGCGGCAGCAGCGGCCGGGGCGGCGGGCACCCCGGCGGCGGCCGAGGCCGGGGCGGCCGCGGCGGCGGCUGCGGCAGCGGGCGUGAGUGGCACGAUGACCGCCGUAGAGGCCACCGCUGCGGCGGGCGUGGAGGCGGCCUCGGCGCCGGCCGCGCCGGUGUCAACGGCGGGAUUGGGUGGCAUCGUGGGCCCGGCGGUACUGCCCGCGAAGUGGAGCGGCGGCGGUGGUGUGGGUGAUGAGGGCCUGGCGGGCGGCGUCGGGCAGGGGCUGCUGGUGGAUGCGGAGGCAGCGCCGGAUGUCAACGCGAAGCUGCAGUGUCAGGGCCGGCGGGGCGGUCCUGGCGACUUCAUGGACGUUAAGCUGCUGGGAACGGCAGCACCUGGAUGUGGUGUGUCUCCAAGUCUUGACUCGGACAUUGACCUUGUCACGGCGGACCUGGCGGCAGCCGCUCAGCGGCCGCAUGCACGCGAGUGGACUGCGUGGUGGGCGCCGGCCCAGAAGCCGGAGGGCCGUCGUGUUACUGGCGGCACGGCAAUCCUCAUUCGUUCGAGCCUUCUGCAGCAAGGCGCCAUGGUGCUCACUGGCGGCGCAGCUGCCGUGUCGGUGGCGGCUGGCGCGUGGGCGGGCCGCGGUGUCAGUUUGCAGUUGCAGUGGGGUGGCCACACCUUCACGCUGACGUCAGCCUACUUUCCCCUGGUACCCACAGCGCAGCAGGCUUUCAUUCGUGAGUGGGUGGGCCCGCGGGCGUCGGGCUCGGGCGAGCACCUCCUAGCAGCUGACUUUAACUUUGUGGCAGAUGUGGCGCUAGACACAGUCACUGGCCGGGCGCGCAGCGACGGGCCCGCAGCCGCCGCGCUGGCGGCGGCGUGCCCUGGCCUCAUUGACGUGUUACGGCGGCGCCACCCGGCUCGCCGCGUGUGUACCUUCUUCCACCCCCACGGGGCGAGUCGGCUGGACCGCAUCCUGUGCAGCGGCGGCCUCGAACCGCAGGUCCUGGAGUGCGGCGUCGCCGCAGGGGUGCCCUCCGAUCACAUGCUUGUGACGGUUGCCCUUGCGGCGUCGCCUGAAGCCGCGCCACCCGCUCGGAGCCUGCCCAGGGCCCACCUCGGUUUCCGGGACUUCAAAGACUUGGAUCGUGACUACCGUGCCUGGCUGGGUACGGCCCUGGCGGCCCGCCCUACCGAUCCUGUUGAGCUGCUGGAGUGGUGGCCGGCCCUUAAACGGGCUGCCGCCACGUCCGCCAACCGCCUGAGCCGGGAAGCUGUUACGAGGCGUAUGGCCGCCAGCCAGCAGGAGGCGGCCGCGCUUGCGGCGGCGGCAGCAGCCGCCGCCGCGGUGGAGGCUGGUGGUGAUGUGCAGGUGGCGGCGCAGGCGGCCGUGCGUGCGCGCUGCACGGCGGCGGAGGCCGCCGUGACCGCGGCCGGCGGCGCGGCGCGACGUACGCGCCACGCGUGGCUGCGUGGCGGCGAGAAGCCCUGCCCUCUCCUCACGCGCAUGCUGCGGCCGGCGGGUGGGCCGCGCGUGAUUGCCAAGUUGAAACAGCCCGGUGGCACCACUACAUCCGACCCCACGGUCAUGGGGCAGGUGAUGGCGCGGUACUGGAGGGACGUCAGUGCCGCGCCGCCGCCCGCUCCAGACGCCCGCACGCAAGUCCUGGAUGCGCUGCAACAGCACGGGCGCCGGUGUACAGCCGAAGAGGCGGAACAGCUGGGGCGGGGUGCGGUCUCGGCGGCGGAGGUGCGCGCGGCGCUAGCCGCUGCGCCGGCUGGGCGCGCGGCGGGCCCUGACGGCAUACCGGUGGAGUUAUACCAACACCAUGACAGUGAUUUUGCGCCGGUCCUAGCGGAUGUGUUUACGGCGGUGGGGGAGGGGGCUGGGGUGCCUGGCGGGCUUCUGGAUGGCGUGUGGUCCUUCUUCUUUAAGUCGGGCGACCCUACCGAGCCCUCUAAUUAUCGCCCCAUCACGCUGACGGAUACCGAUUACCGCACCCUUGCCCGUGUGUUGUGCUUGCGACUGCAACCGGUGUUUGGGCGUAUCACUGACCCUGAGUAAACUGCGUUUCUGACGGACCGUCGCAUUGCCGAUAACGUCCUCUUGCUCCAACUUACUCCUGGCCUGUUGAAAGCCGCCAAAAAGGCCCCGGGUGUGGCGGCCUUCCUAGACUUUUACAAGGCGUAUGAUACGGUGGACCGCUCUUUUCUGCUCGCGUGUCUGGAGCGCAUGGGCGUGGGGGCGGGCUUUCUUACGUCCCGCCUGUUAACUGAUACGCGUGGGGCGGCGUUGGUGAAUGGACGUGUGUCAGGAUGGGUGCCGUUGAUGGCGGGCGUGCGGCAGGGCUGCCCGUUGGCUCCGUUGCUCUACCUCGCUGUGGCACAAGCCCUCCUGUCAUGGCUACGUAGCCGGGGGCAUGGUGUGCUCGCUAACCUUGCGUCGGUGCUGGCGUCCCAGUAUGCGGAUGAUUGCACGCCGUUUUUAGAGGGGUUUCAGGCGGUGUCGGGGUUCCUGGCGGACAUGGAUGUGUUUCGGCGGGCGUCUGGACAACGGUUAAACAUGACUAAAGUUGAACUGAUGGUGAUGGGGACGGUCGGCGGUGCUGGCGCCCUGCCGGCCGGCGUGGCUGGCCCGCCCCUGCCCCCUGGCUGGCGUGUGGUGCCGGCGGCCAAGUCACUCGGGGUGCAUUACGGGGAUUGGGGCGCACUUACCCCGCCAGUUACGUUUGAGGCCGUGUUAGGGGUGCUGAGCAAAAUCGCGCGCAUGCCCGUGUCCAUGUUUGGUCGGGCGGCCGCGGCGUCGGCUUAUGCUUUGGGCAAGGUCCUGUAUCAUUUGGAAUUUGCGGGUCUUCCCCAACUGUAC